AUGGGCGACGUCGUCGAUACCAGCGAUGCCUCGGACGUGCUGUGGUGCCAUCCGCAGCCCGCUUCGACCCCCAUGUGGCACUUCAUCCAGCACCUCAACAGCAGGCACCGCCUGGAGCUGCGUGGCUAUCCCGACCUGUACAGGUGGUCCGUCGACAACGUCUCGGCUUUCUGGGAAGAGACUUGGGACUUUGUUGGCAUCGUCGCCUCCGAAAAGGCCCAUCGGGCUCUUUCUGCCGACGCUCCCAUGCACCCUCGCCCCGACUUCUUCUCCUCCGCCCGCCUCAACUUUGCUGAAAACCUCCUCUUCCCUUCCGUUUCCACCUCCCUCGACCCUUCCGACCCGGCCGUCAUCACCAUGACGGAGCUCCCCGGCCAUCUGCGCUCCACGUCCUGGGCCCAGCUCCGCGAGGCCGUCCGUCAGUGCUCCAACGCCCUCCGGGACUCUGGGCUUCUCCCCGGCGACGUCGUUGCCGGCUACGUCUCCAACCACGUCGAGGCCCUCGUUGCCAUGCUCAGCGCCGCCUCCGCAGGCGCCAUUUGGACCGGCAUCAGCCCCGACAGCGGCGUCUCGGCCGUCUUGGACCGGCUCAGCCAGAUCACGCCCAAGGUCUUAUUCGCCGAUAACGGCACCGUCUACAAUGGCAAGGAGUGGUCCAGCACCGCCAAGACGUGUGAAGUUGUUGCCGAGCUCGUCAAGACGGGCCUGCAGUCGGUCAUUGUCGUCAACAACAUCAAGGGCGACACGGGCAUCUCACAGCUCGAGUCGCAGACCAUCAAGGCCUACGAGUUCGAGCAGCUCCCUCCGUCCCAUCCGCUCUACAUCCUCUAUUCCAGCGGCACGACUGGCCUGCCCAAACCCAUUAUCCACACGGCCCUUGGCACCCUGAUCCAGCACAAAAAGGAGCACUUGCUGCACUGCUCGCUGUCGACCUCGUCUCGCAUGCUCUACUACACCACCACCUCCUGGAUGAUGUGGCACUGGAGCGUUGGCGCGUUGGCCGUCGGCGCCACUGUCGUGCUCUACUCGGGAUCGCCGUUUCGGCCACACUCGCACCUGUCCUUGCCUCGGGUGCUUUCUGACCUGAAAAUCACCCACUUUGGCACCUCGGCCGCCUACCUGACGGCUCUCGAGGCCAACAACGUUCGUCCAAUUUCAGAACCGGGCAUUGACCUCUCGAAUCUGCAAGCCAUCUAUUCCACCGCCUCUCCCCUGCCUCCUUCGACGUUCAGGUUUGUCUACGAGGCCUUCCCCAAGACGGUCAACCUCGCCUCCAUCACAGGCGGCACAGACAUUAUUUCGCUCUUCGGGGCCCCUUGCCCGCUGCUGCCCGUGCGCACCGGCGAGAUCCAGUGCGCCGGUCUCGGCAUGGAUAUCCGGGCGGUGGACUCGGCGUCGGGAGACGAGGUCCCGCCCGGCGAGCCCGGCGAUCUGGUCUGCGUCAAGCCCUUUCCCUGCCAGCCUCUGACCUUUUUCGGCGCCGACGGCGAUUCAAGGUACAAGGCGGCGUACUUUGAACGCUUCCGGGACAUCUGUGGGGCCAAGGGGCCGGUGUGGCAUCACGGAGACUUUGUCAAGAUUCCCAAUGCGGCAACAGGGAGCCUGGUGAUGCUCGGCCGGUCCGACGGGGUCCUCAAGCCGGCGGGGGUGCGGUUUGGGUCGGCAGAGGUUUACAAUAUCCUCACGCGGUUCUUUGCGUCGGAGGUGGAGGAUGCCGUGUGCGUGGGGCGACGCCGAGCGGCGGACACGGACGAAACGGUCUGCCUCUUCGUCGUCAUGUCACCAGGCAAGACGUUUGACGACGAGCUGAGAGUCCAGAUCAAGGCCAAGAUCCGGCGCGAGUUGAGCCCAAGGCAUGUGCCGGGCGUUGUGGAGGAGUGUGGGAGCGGCAUCCCCAAGACGAGCAACGGCAAGAAAAUCGAGGUUGCCGUGAAGCAGAUCCUCUCGGGCAUGGGCGUCCAGACCAACGCCAGCGUUGCCAAUCCCGAGGCCCUGGACUGGUUCAGGGGCUGGGCAAAGAGCCACUAA